AUCCUACAGGCCGUUUUUAAGUGAAAAUUUGACCAAUUUUCAGUUUUCGGUGAAUUUGCCUAGUUAUGAUAAAAUUCUUCAAAUUAUAGCUCAUCAUCACUAGAUAUAGAUAAAAAAGAAAUUUCCAACACUUUGCAUACAUUUAUCUUACAGACCGUUUUCAAGUGGAAAUUUGACUAAUUUUCAGUUUUCGGUGAAUUUGCCUAGUUAUCUAAUGUUUAUCUAACGUCAGCCGCUACUAGUUAGAUAAUAUUGUUACCUAUUGAAAACAAGGAGAACAUUUUUGUAAGUUUUUCGUUCUGUGUAAUUCGCUUCAUACGAGGUUUGUGAACAUUUUUAAAGUGAAUAUUUGAGAAGCUCAUAAAAAUUCGCAUAUUAAUUGGAACGUUGGAUGUGAAAUAAUGGUAAUUUUCGUUCAUAGUCAGUAAUAAUAGGUAUACCUAUUCCAUAUACUGCUGAAAUUUUCGCUGAAAUGCCCGAAAAAGUUGUCAUUACGAUAAACGAAGGUAAAAUCCGAGGAGUAAAAGAGAUAUCAGCUCACUCGAAAACACCAUACUACGCUUUCUAUGGAAUACCAUACGCAGAACCACCUGUGAAGAAUUUACGAUUCAAGGAUCCAGUCAAAAUUAAAAAAUGGGCAAAUAUUUACGAUGGAGCAGAGGAGAAGAAACCCGGUUGUAUACAAAUUUCGCUUUUGGGAAACUCAGAGGAUACAUUGUGGGGAGACGAAGAUUGCCUAUUUAAUAAUAUUUUUACGGCAAAGUUACCUUGCGAAGGGGAGCCUUUGAGGCCUGUAAUCGUCAACAUUCACGGUGGAUCGUACAAUACUGGCACCCCCCAUACGAAACACUACGGAUCUCCUAAUUUUAUCAUGCAGCAUGAUGUGGUGUACGUUAAUAUUUCGUACAGAUUGCAUAUUUUGGGUUUCUUGAAUUUGGGAUUGAAAGAAUGCUCCGGUAAUCAGGGCAUAAAAGAUAUACUAAUGGCAUUUCGCUGGAUCAAAGAUAAUGUAGCCUCAUUCGGAGGCGACUCAGAAAACAUAACACUGCUCGGAUGCAGCACUGGCGCAGCUAUCAUUCACUUGGCGAUGUUGACUCCAGCAUUGGACAGAAAUCUGUUUCAAAAAGCUGUCCUAAUGUGUGGCUAUUUUAUGAACCCCAUUGCGCCACAUCUAGAAGAAAAUAAGCAUCAUGGUGUCGAAGUGGCCAAAUCAAUGGAAUACAUCGGGGACCCAAACGAUUAUAAAAGAGUACUGAAUUUUUUAAAAAAGAAACCCGCAAUGGAGCUUCUCGAGCACGUGUUUUCGUACCAGUCGAGCGUAUUAAAUGUUAUAGUUCCUUUCAUAGUACCUAAUGUAUUUUCACCUACUAUUGAACCAGAUGUGAUACCUCGCAAUCCACAAAAAUUAGUCCAUUCCAUCAUGAGAAUACCAAUAAUGGUAGGAUAUUGCGAAAGAGAAGCGAUACUGGGAUUUUUACGAGGUGACAUGAGAAAGAAGACAGAAGAAUAUUCCAAGACUUCGUUUUGUCAGAACUGUUGGGGUUGGGGAUAUAAUUUGAAUCGUGACGAAAUCAAGCUCAUCAAUGAGAAAGUAGUUUCAUUUUACACGAAAGGAAAAUCAAUCGAAAAUGCCCCGUUGACUACAAAAGUGGAUAUUCAAUCAGAUAUCUGCAUGUCUGAUCUUUAUGAUACCCUUGUUGAUGCGAUAGCUGUCGAUCCACGAUCUACUGUGUUCAUGUACAGCUUUGAAUUUGAAGGAGUGAUAGGCACUCUCAAAGAAGGCCGAAAUAUUGAAGAACCAAUCAAAGGAACUUUUCACGGAAGCGAAUACUGUUACUGGAACUGUUUCUUUAAAAGUCCUCACGAUAAGGAAACUCGUAAAAUGGUCGAUUCUUUUACAAAACUUGUAACAACUUUUGCGAAAACUGGAGAUCCAAACCACAAAGAUUUACCAGUUCGAUGGAGACCGUAUACUUUGGAAAAACCUUGCUACCUAAGAAUAAAUAAAUCUAUGGAAAUGGCAGAAGGCAGACUAUUUGAAGAAAGAUUGCAGUUUUGGAAUGAUAUUAAACAAGCCAUCAGCUAUUCGCUGAUUGCAAGAGAGUUUUUGCAUUUACCUUUUGCUUAUUGGGUGAUCUAAAUUCUAAUGCUGUAUGCUUUUGAAUAGUUCUUCAACAAAUCUUGAUGUAUGAUCAAUAUAAUCUCACCUCAGACAUAGACGAAAUAUCGUAAUUUAUUUUAUUUUGAAAAAUUAUUAAUUUUUCUGAAUUUACCGUUUCAAUUCUUGUAUAGAUACUUAGAAAGAUGCCCGAUUUUUAUAAAAUUAAAUUCAAAAUAAUCUUUGGAAUUUUGCUACACGAAAUAUCGUUAUAUUUUAUUUUGGAAAAUUACAAUCUUCACAUGAUCUUCACCGAUUCGAUUUGUUUUUCGUUGUUGAAAAAAAAAUGAAAGAUAAACAACAACAAUAAUAUUUUAAACUUGAUUCGAAAUUCAGAUAAAAACAUAAACGUAGCCAAUUAUUUAUGCAUAUUGCUUAGCAUUUUAAUAAUUAAAAUGCUACGACGACGACGACGACGACGUUGACGACGAUGACGAUGACGA